AUUCUGUACCAUUUCAAUAGGCCCCACACUUCACUACAGUAAUCCAUAACUGGUGCUACACAAUUUAAAAGUUCAUUUAAUUCAGCGUACUUCUAUCGUAACAGUCAUGCGUCUCGGGCGAUAGGGCGGGCGGUUAUUUCAAACAUUGUACAUACAUGUGUUGAUCGACUUUUCAUUUGCCUCUUUAAAAAAAAAUCCGGAAAUAUCUUGUUCAACGAAAAGACUAGAUAUUAUGCUACUUCCUGCUAUUUCAAGUUAAAUGCGCGGGCAUGUUUAGACUUCCUUAGUUACGUAAUAGAGUUGCUAGAGAGAAGCUGCGUUUUCGUGACUCCCAAAGAUUGGUAGUUUGUGAAUACUAUCAAUCUUUGCCUUCGCUCAUCGAUUCGUCGAAAGUGUCCUGUGUUCGUGUGUGGUUGUACAUCGUUCAAUUGGAACAGUUUAUCAACUGUAAAUUUAUUUUUAUUCCUUAUUUGAAAUCAGAAACUUGAAAGGCCGUAUAUUGGAUAUCUUGAAAUUCAUCGUGUCCAAAGAUGAAGGACACUGUGAUUGUGACAACCGAAGUCCUGCCCAAGCGUGAACCGAUUGUAGUAAAUCGGGACGUUUGGUACAGCUUCAUGAGCAAAGAGGAUGCUGACCCUCAGGCCUGCUGGCUUGAGAGGAAGCGGCAAGAGAGAAUGAAAGCUGAAAAAGCUGCCAUGGGAGCCUCAACAUCUAGAGUUUCUACAUCUACAACUUCUUCCUCUGGGUCUGUGAUCUUGGAUUCCUUGAAAUUGAGAUAUAUUCAGCAGAAGGUGGACAGAAACCAAAACCAGACACCUUCACCACCAAGUUCAACUUCUCCCCCAAGUUCUGUUUCAUCAACUGCAUCAGAUGAUGAGAUUCCCAGAAAGAUUAAAACUGUCUCAGAUGAUGAAGUCCCCAGAAACCCUAAAAAGUCAUCUCCAAAGGCUGAAAAUGAAAGUGAUAGUGCACCACUCUCAGGCCAUAUACAGGCUUCAAACAAGCACUAUGCCAAUAUUGGACAAUAUUUGAAUGAAAUCUAUAACAGAGAACAGAUAUGUGACAUUUCAUUCAAACUGGGCAACAUCAUUUACCCGGUGCAUAAGGUCGUCCUUGCUAGUCAGAGUCCUUUGUUUGAGAAGAUGUUUGACAGCAAGGACUUUACUCAGCCCCCCAUCAGACCAAGGCAAAUUAGGGUUGCUGGAGUGUCAGAAGGUUCUUUAAAGACAUUCCUCAAUUGCAUUUAUUCUGGUGAUAUCAAUAUCAUUAAGCCUAAUUGUCUGCAUGAGGUAAUUGAUCUUUCACGGAUGUUUGAGGUGCAGCAAAUCACACAGAUGUGUUUGCAGAAAAUCUCCUCUCUUGGUCACCAUGACAUGCUGAAACUUUUGCAGAAGAUGAGGAGGCAUAAAGAUGUUAAAGUUUGUGACAUUCUGAUGGAUGCCAUAGCCAAAAAUUUUAUGGAGAUUAGGAACAGUUCCUCUUUCUAUGGCUUAGAUGUGGACACUAUCUGCAUGAUAUUGUCAAAUGAAAGGCUUGAUGUUAAUUCAGAGAUGGACAUUUUUGAGAGCGCCUUGAGUUGGCUUCACCAUCAUAAGGAGGAUCGAAUGAAGAAUCUGGAGAGAGUGAUGGAUACCGUCAGGUUCUCACACCUAUCAAGCCAGCAAUUGAUGGAAUGCUUCGUAAAAUGUCCCGCCCUUAAGCAGAGCCCCCAUUGUGUGGGCUUGAUCACUAUGGCUAACUGGGUUCAGACCUCGAUCAGCCUCAAUCAGCAAGAUCCUCUGAAUCUGGAGAUUCAAGAACCUCGGAGCCUUGCCAACAGUGGAGGGAGUGUCGAGCAAUAUCUAAAGACACACUGUAGCUCUGAGUUCAAGGAACCCGAUGUCACUUAUGACAUUGUCCUAAUGACUGAAGAUGCUAUCGAGGAUUUUAAUCGUCAUGCCUGUUCCCGAAGUCAAAGCUGGUCCACCAUUUCUGCACCUUGUAUCAAGCAAUACAGGGAAUCAAAAUGGUCUAUGAUGGACGACACAGAAUCUGAACUAGCUGGAAAGCCAGCCAGAUUGGGAACUACUGGACUACAAAGCAUGGAUUGUAUGAUGGGGAGGAAACCAAAGCAAAAACAUGUUUCCAUAGUAGAGGGGAAAAGCAACGACUGUGUCAAACAUGUCAAAAAGAAAAGGAGUAGACGAUAUAAAAAACAGGACCUCUCUGAUGGUAGUAAAGAGGAUACCAGAAAGGCGAUGGUGUGGGGAGGAGACCAGUGGUACAUGGUUGGUGGAGCCAGGUACAAAGAUUCGGAGUGUCCCUCCCCCACCAAUAAAGUAUUGGUGUACUCAUAUGAGACCAAAGAGUGGAGACCAGUGGCUCCAUUGAAUGGUGCGAGGAUGGAGCAUUCCCUUUGUGAAGUAGAUGGCUAUAUAUUUGCUAUUGGUGGAAUAGGUGAAGGCAAUCGCUUGCUUUCAUCGGUGGAGUGUUAUAAUCCUAGAACCAAUUGUUGGUUCUAUGUGAAGGCACUCCCUGAGCCCAGGGCUGCUGCCUCUACCUCGGCUGAGGGGGGCAAUGUUUGUCUGAAAGGGGGGUACAGUCAAAUGAAUCAUGGGCAGCCCUCCAGUUCUUACUAUAAGAACAAAGUUGAAUUGUUCUACAAUAUGGAAACCAAUAAGUGGUUAAGAAAAUACUGAGGCCCAUCCAUCAAACUGAAAUCUUUUCUGUGGUUUUUUGAUUUUUUAAGGACAAUUUAAACUCUAAACUUGAUCAAAUUCAAAUCUUUAUUGUCAGUGUAAUUUUUUUAAUUGGAUGUUUUAAAAACAUUGAUGUAAAAUGGGGCAAAAGUAAUUAAAUUGUAUGCAACUGUUG